AUGCAGUAUAUAUCAUCUUUAAAACGUCUGUUGCUAGCUGUAUUACUAGCAGGUAGUGUUUCCUACGUCUCUGCAGCGUCAAUGGACAUGGGUGAAGAUUUACCCGAGUUUCAUCCAAUAAAUGCUGGUUCAAAAGCAUUUCAUUGGAUUACAACUUUAUUCUUGCUAUUGAUUAUACCAUCCAUAAGUACAUCACUAGCAUUUGCCAAUAGAUUGCACUGGUCCUUAUUGUUGCAGUGUGUCUCCACGGCUUAUUCGGUAAUCGAAUCAAUCUUUUUGGAUUUCCCCGAUAAUGUAGAUAACCACGAAAACAGAACGUCAAAGGGUACAAGUUGGUUCUUGAGUAUAUUAUUGGGGGUUACCAUCUUUAUGGGUACUUUGAUCAAUGGAAGCAACUUGGUGAUCAACAAAUUUUACCCUCAUUUAGCAAGAAAACAUAAUGAAUAUGGCUUAUCCUACAAGGUUUAUAAAUCAUUAUCCUUGCUCUGUACAAUUACUGGCUGGGUAAGGGUAUGCUUGGCACCAAUAGCACUAUUUGGCUUUUGUUACGGCAAGCACACGGGUCAAUGUUUGGCUCACGGAAUAAUGGGAUCAGCAUUCGUGCUUUAUUCAUUUGUCUUGUCGGUAGUCUUGGUAAUCCCGUGGAUUAGGAAACAUCAGUUGGGGAAAAACAGCAAUACCGUGGGGUUGAGGUCGCAGGAGUUUUAUGACUCAACUGUGAUGAUGCUUUGGGGGAUAGUCAACACAUUCACAGAACAUAGGUGGGGUAAAGAACCUUGGAAUAUGGGGGAUUAUCAACAUACAUCAAUGGGUAUAAUAUGGUGGGGAGGCGGUUUGUUGGGAAUGUUCUUGUCAAGAAACAACAAAAGAACAUUUGUUCCUGCAUUAUUACUCAUCUUCACCGGCUGGUCAAUGUCGGAGCAUGUUCAAUUUUUGGAAAUAUCUACAAAAGUCCAUGCCGUGUUUGGUAUCGCUUUAAUGGGAGCCGGUCUCACAAGAAUAAUAGAGAUUUCAUUUGUGCUAAAAGAUGAAUCGUGUAGCUCGCCACUGGGAAAUAUCCUGUCGUUCCAAUAUAUCCCCCCCUUUUGUUUAACCUUAUCAGGGAUCUUGUUCAUGGGUGCAAAUGAAGAGCAAUUACAGAUGGUGCACGAUUUAGGAAGUGACCAUUCGGCAUAUAUCCUUACUGCCUCAUCGGGAGCAUUCCUCACUUUUCUCUGGAUUCUAUUAUGCUUAUGGUUCUAUUUGAAAUUAGUGGGAUACGAUGAAGAGGGAGAAAUUGUUACACACUCUUAUACGAGUCUUGGUGCCAACGAUUUUGAACUUGGCGAUCUUAGCGCCGACGAAACAGCUUUGGAAAAUGAUGACGAAUUAGAGGAGACUGCCCAAGUUACCGAAACAAUAUAA